GAGCAGCCUGCUCUCACUGAUCACUCUGAUGGAAGUUAGUCGCUCAUCUAUGCCGCUAUAUCAGCCCGCUUUUGCGCCUUUACUCUAAAACACUUCACGCUCGGGAGGUUUGGGUUGAACUCUCGGUUAUGGAUCGACUGGAUGAAUGGAGCCUCAAGUCCAAGAGCCUGGACCUGGGGGAGGACUUCUACUUCGACUACGGAGCGGAGGAAAUAACAGAUUAUCAGGACCCCAGUGAACUUCUGGCUGCGUUGAGACAAAAGGAGGAAGAGGUUAUUUUGGCAGCCCAGCUGGGAAACGCAUUGCUCCUGGAAAACCGUGAGCUGAAAGAUCAGAGCGAGAAACUUCAUGAGCAGUACGCAGACAAGCUGGAGGAGCUGGAGCAGGGCAGGCAUGAGCUGCGGCUGAAGCUGGAGGGCUGCCAGUCCCAGUGGGAGAGCCAGGUGGUGGACCUGGAGAGGGAUGUGAGGGAGCUGAGCGCCCAGGUGGAGCGGCUCACCGAGGCCCUGAGCGAGGCCGAGCGGGACAAGAGUCGAGCCCAGCUUGAGCACAGCGAGCACACGCAGCAACUCAGGGAGCAGCUCAACACUGCAAUGGAGGUGGAGAGAGCCAUGUCCAGUGAGCUGCAGGCUCUAAAACAGGAGCUCCAACAGAAAGGAAGCCACAACAGGCCGCAGGACGAGGAGCUGCUCAGUGCCAUGAGGGAGCAGGUGCUGCGUCUCACCCAGAAGGAACAGGUGCUGGAGGAGCGUUUGGAGAGUGUGUGUCAAGAAAACACUGAGCUGAGGGCGAGUUUGGCCUCUUUACACACACGUCUGGCUCUGCAUGACCAACUCACCCAGCAGCACAGCCAGCAGCUCGCCGAGGCGUGGCAGGAGGCGGAGGCGGCGCGGGGUCGCUCACAGCAGCUGCAGGCCCAGGUGGAGGACCUUCAGGAGGAGGUGUCUCUGCAGGAGGCCAGGAGCCACGGAGACGCCUCCCUGUUGUCCGAGCUGGAGAGCAGCCUGGAGACAACAGAGCUGGGAGUCAGCAAAGAAGAGAUAAAGCAAGAAGUGGGCUCCAUCCUUCAGUUACUGCUCCCGCUGACCCAGGAACCGAACAGCCCAGAGAGGUCAGAGGUCGUGGAUCAACAGGAGGACCUGAAGGCCAUGCUGCAUCAGCUGAAGGGAGUGGCCCGAACCCUGGCGCAGGCAUCCAGCCCUCAGGAGCUGAAUCGAGUCUUUGUCGACAGGACGGGUGAUCAGUGUGGGAAUCCGAGCGCAGCACAGGAGCUGAGAGAUCAGAACGACCAGCUGCAUCAGGAGAACGCUGAGCUGAGGCACAAGCUGCAGAGCGCUCAGGAACAGGCUGAAGUCGCCCAACAGGCCAUCAGGGACCGAGAUGAAGCCAUAGCCAAGAAAAACCUGAUGGAGGCUGAGUUGGUGAGAAGUAAAAAUGACAUGAUGUCUCUGAACAACCAGUUAUUGGAAGCCAUCCAGCGUAAACUGGAGCUGUCACAGGAACUGGAGGCCUGGCAGGACGACAUUCAGAUCAUCAUCAACCAGCAGCUCAGGUCCCAGCAGCAGUCAGAGCUCCCUCAGAAGAAGUCCACCUCCAACGGCAUGUCCUUCUUCCGCCGACCCAGCAAGACGGCCUCCACCUGGACACGUCAGCCCUCCUCCUCCUUCUCCUCUGCCUGGAGUUCCGAUGCUGAUCAGGACAAAAGCCAAUCCCCCUGGAGGGACUGGUUAAGACGAGGGAAAGGGGCACAGUACGGCAAAUAAUGGACGAUUAGUGCUGCACCUUCCUCCUGAGUGCUGAGGGGAGGAUAUACCAGGAGAAUAGGCCAGAGUGCAGCUUCCUGAACAUCAGAUAUGGUGAAAAGAAGCCAUAAAGACACUUUCAAUUCAGUGAUGAACAACAGAGCCACUUCAGACAAAGACUUGUCAAACAGACACUUACGUGUAAACAUUUCACUGAGAGGCUGAGCCUUCCUAAGUUCUAAACUGUGACCUGUAACCUGGAACACUAACAUUUUCACAGAAUUACAUUAGAGGGUUUGCUUGACUGUAAAUAUUGUGCCUUAUUUUGUAAUAUUCGUAAUAUUGUGAAUGUCUUUAUAUGGUGUACAUGUUAGGUAUAGAUCGCCUGAGUGUUUGUUCAGAUUAUUUAAUGUCACAGAUCAAAGAGAAGGAGAUGUACAGUCAGCAAGUAAAUGAUCAAACAGUUCAUUUGUAAUUGUGCUGAAUUUUGUCUCUACGCACCAAGUCGGAUGUGAGAAGUUGCAUUUUUUACUGUCAGUUUUGCUCAAAAGCUAAAAUGUAAAACUGUUGAUUGUAUAAGAAACAUUGUAUGUUUUCAUGUACACUGAGAAGGAUGUUAUUUUUUUCUAUCUUCAUUUUUGUUUGUUUCUUUUUAGUACAAAAUGAAUAUGUUCUCUGAAUGAAGACUUGGUGUGCUUUGUGUCACACAUGUAUGUGUAUGUGCUCUGUGACUCAGUGUUCAAUAUUAAAGCUGCUCAG